AUGACCAAUUUUAUCGUUCCCGAUGGCUACAAACUUUUACCAACUCUUAAAGAACUUCUUUUUACCUUUUUGAAACCAAAAAUCUUUGGCGAAGAACUCCCGCUCGUCUAUGGGUUUUCCGACGUGGAUCUUUAUAGUGUUCAUCCACGUGAAUUAUUCAAUGUAGAUAUGCACUCAAAUGAAGAAGAUGAUGAGACACAUCGGUACGUUUUUACUCAAUUGAAGAAAAAAAACUACAAAGGCGAAAAAUACAAUCGGCGAAUUGAUGAAGUUGGAACUUGGAGAGGGGAGUUCAACAAUGAGAUUGAAGAUGAGCAUGGUAACAUAAUUGGUUACGAUAAGUAUUUCAAGUUUGUAGCGGAAGAAAAAGGAAAAGGAAAAGAAAAAGAAAAAGAAAAAGAUGAUAAUUGUAAGGUGGAGUACACCAUGCACGAGUAUUCGUUUGCUCCAAAUUAUGAUCAUGAUCAAUUGUUACCAAGACAACCCAAUGAAGAUAUAGUUCUGUGUCGAAUUGCCAAAAAACUUAUCAAAGGAAAUAGACGAGCAACAAACAAGCGUGGCCGUGGAGUGAUUUGUAUGAGGUAG